UUCCGGUUUGGCUAGUUACUAAGGAAGUGAACGGGUCUGAAGUAAGGCGUAUCCGGAUUGAAUGAUUCAGGUUGUCUCCAGUGAAGGGUGAUCUUCGAUUUAAGUGAAAGAGGGUGAAUUAGGAGAUGGGAGACAAGGACCUGGAAUAUACUGUUGUGUUCCCUGAUCCCAGUGAUUCAGGCUUUAAGGAAGACCCUGUGGUAAUUCUGUUGGGUUGGGGUGGCUGUCAAGACAAGCACUUAUCAAAAUACAGCUAUAUCUACAAAAAUCAGGGUUGUAUAGUUCUCAGAUAUAUUGCUCCAUGGCAGCAGAUAUUUUUCAGUGGAAUCUUCAGCAAAAAUCUCCAACGCACAGCAAGAAAACUAUUAGAUCUCCUGUUUGACCUUGGCAUAGAAGGGCAUCCAAUAUUGUUCCAUGUUUUCAGUAAUGCUGGAUGCAUGCUGUACCGCCACAUAGUUGAACUCCAAUGUAACAAAACUGAAACUUAUUUCACUAAGUUACGAGUAGUUGGAAUCAUUUUUGAUAGUGCACCUGGAAACAAAAAUCUCCAGGGUAGUAUCCGAGCAUUUAACACUGUCUUGGGUUCUUCAACCAAUGUUGUUGUAAAGUGCAUUGCAAUUCCUGUUUUUGUUUUGAUGGUAUUACUUAAGGUUAUGCUUUAUCCAGUAACACAAUUUGUCUCCCUGCCAUUCUAUGAUGCAUUGAAGGUGGAUCCAUCAAGGUGGCCUCAACUUUUUUUGUAUUCAAAAGCAGAUAAAAUUGUUUAUUACAAGGAUAUAGAGGCAAUGAUCAACACUAGAAAAAUGUUAAAUAUUCAGGUGCAAUCUGUAGAUUUUGAAACAUCACAGCAUGUUAACCACUUUCGAGAAUUCCCUGAUAAGUAUUCUAACUUCUGCUUAAAUUUCCUCAAAGAAUGCAUUCAGAAAACACCUUUGUCUAGAUUAUUUGACAAAAAAAAACAUUUAAUACAAUGACCAACUCAAAGUCCAAGGUGGGAGUCAAACACAACAAUUGUGGAGAGGAGGAAACAGUCAGUACCUUCCUAUUUGUUGUUUAAUGAGUCCUACCAGAAAAUGUGCACAUGAGUUUUGGGUGACCAAUAGUAUUAAGCUUAACCAAAUUAUACCCUUCAUCAUUGAAUAACCUGUUACAGUGUUUGUCUCAGCUCAUAUGAGAAAUGACUACUUCAAGUGAAAUCUGAAGGCUGACGCCACCCAACAUUUUAGCACCUUCAAUGUCAGGAAUUAGGUCGUUUUAAAAAUUUCCAAGUACCUCAGAUAGGAUGUGUUGAUACGUUUCUUAAAGAUUUUUUCAGUAAUGUUUGGAGAUUUUGCACAAAAAAAUUGGAAAACCAGCAAUAGUCACAAAAGCCGAAUUUCAUUUGUAAUUUAUGUUCUGGAAAUAUCAAUCAUUACCUCCAAGUUAUUUGUACAAUAGAGGUAAAAACAUCAUAUCUAACACUUUGGCAAAAAAAUGUAUUAACAGAGCAAUAUUAUUUUGAAUGGUUUACAGAAUUUGAAGAAUUUUCAAAUUGAUUUUCUGGACAUGAGCAUUGCUGACAAGGCCAGAACUUAUUGUCCAUUAUUGUCCUGGGAAGGUGGUGGUGGUCUUCCUAAACUGUUGUAGUUCAUGUGUUUUAACUUCUUGACAAUGCUAUAAGGUAGGGAAUUCAAGAAUGAAAGACUUAAAUAUUUUCAUUCCUCAUGGCUUUCCUUAAAAUAUGCUCCUUUGGUUGUGUUUUUCAUCACCUAUCAUAAUGAGCUACAUACUGCUGUGAAAAGCCUUGGUUCAUUUUAGUGUACAAAAUGCUUUUUAAUUCCAGGUUAUCAAUGUUGUUUUGCUUCUGGAUAAGUUGGCUGAAAACCUGUCAUCCAGAACUUGGUGCCAUUGUCGCCAUGCAAGCAAGUAAAGUCUAUAAGCCUCUCCAACCCAUAUGGUAAUCUUGCAUUGGAUUUUUGUUUCAGUUCCUCAAGUUGUUCUUUUGUCUGCAGCUUUUAGAAAGUAAUUUUUCUAAAAAUAUACUCCGUUUUUAGGUUUUAUUUGUAGUGGAUUUUUAUUUUACCAUUUUGAGCUGCUAC